CCGGCGAGCCGAGAGCGAGCGGGAGCUUCCGCCAUGGAGGCUCUGGCGGAGGCUCCCGUGGCAGUCGCCGUGGCCGUGGUGGCUGCGUCGGCCCUGCUGCUGCUGCUGCUGAGGGGCGCGGGCCGGGGGGCGAGCCGCCCCGUCACCCUGCGGGACCCGCAGGCCAAGUACGCGCUGCCGCUGCUGGGCAAGGAGGAAGUCAGUCAUGAUACUAAGAAAUUCCGGUUUGGGCUACCUUCACCAGAUCAUAUAUUAGGACUGCCUGUAGGCCAACACGUUUACCUUUCUGCAAAAAUCAAUGGUAAUCUGGUGAUCCGAGCCUAUACCCCAGUUUCCAGUGAUGAGACAAAAGGUUAUGUUGAUCUAAUUAUAAAGGUCUACUACAAAAAUGUGAAUCCCAAGUUCCCAGAAGGUGGGAAGAUGUCUCAGUACCUAGAUGACAUGAAGAUUGGAGAUGUUAUUGACUUCAGAGGGCCAAAUGGACUCCUUGUCUAUAAAGGGUCAGGUACCUUUCUUAUCAAGCCCGAUAAGAAGUCUGAAGCACAGAAGAAGUUUGCAAAGCACCUUGGGAUGAUAGCUGGAGGAACAGGAAUAACUCCUAUGUUGCAGCUGAUCCGUCAUAUCACAAAUGAUCCUAAGGACUCUACAAAAUGUUACCUUCUCUUUGCUAAUCAGACCGAAAAAGAUAUAUUGCUAAGAGCUGAGCUGGAAGACAUUGCCAAGAAGCACCCUGAUCAGUUCACAGUAUGGUAUACCCUGGACAGGCCUCCACAAGACUGGAAGUACAGUUCUGGCUUCAUCACCGCGGACAUGAUUAAAACCCACCUCCCUUCCCCUGGCAGUGAGACACUCAUUCUCAUGUGCGGGCCACCACCCAUGAUUCAGUUUGCGUGUCAGCCCAACCUGGACAAACUCGGCUAUCCCAAGAGCAAUACGUUUUCUUAUUAACAGUGAUGUCAUCCAAUACCUUUUCUUGAAUUUUCUUGAUCCCUUUUGGACUCUUUCUAUUUUCUGGAGACAGUGGAGACUGUGGACCUGAAUCCGUUCCAGAAGGAGGAGGUGAAAGGUCAUCUGAGACUACUGUACCAUCCAUGUUCUCUGUUUCUCCUGGGUUAAGAACAGUAAUAGUCAUAUUUUGUACUAAUUGUUGACAAAGUGGUUAUCUCUAAUACUUUAAAAAAGGUAAUAAAUAAAGAUAAAAUAAAGCGUUCUUGUAUAAAAAAAUCUUGCUCAGAAGGUGAAAAAAAUAUUAGUUAUACAUUUCAUACAAAAAAAAAUGAGUAAAACAGUAUUGUUGUUUCAAUUUAUUUAAAAACAUUAAUUAAUUCAGGGUCUUCACUUGGGUCUGCUCUUGCCUUUACUAUUCUUAAUACCAAAACUCUUCCAUCAAAAUCAGUGGGAAUUUUACUGUUUUCACUGAAGAGUAAGAUUAUGAAAAAGUAUUAAAAUAAAUAAAUACAUAAAUCCCAUAUGAAUGCCA